GGGCGGCCCUGCGAUCCCCGCCGCGCGCUAGGCCGCCUGGUGCAGGCGGUGCUGUCCAGCCGCGGCGAGGCCAACGCCGUGUUUGACGUCCUGGCCGCACUGCAGUCCGAGGACCAGGAGGAGGUCCAGGAAGCAGUCCGCGCGUGCAGCCGACUUUUUGGGGCUUUGCUGGAGCGGGGUGAGCUGUACGUGGGCCAGCUGCCCUCUGAGGACACGGUCAUGGCAGGGUCCCAGGGAGCCAUGCGCAAGUACAAGGUGUGGAUGAGACACCGCUAUUGCAGCUGCUGCAAUCGCCUGGGGGAGCUCUUGGCCCACCCUGCCUUCCAGGUCAAGGAGCUGGCCCUUGGGACACUUAUGAAGUUUUUACAGCUGGAAGGAACACAUCCCCUGGAGCAGCCCAAGUGGGAAGGCCAUUACCUGUUCCCCCGUACACUUUUCAGGGCAGUGGUGAGAGGCCUGGUCUCACCUGCAGAGGACCACAGCCUGCUCCUCUCCCAGUUCCGGGAGUACCUGGAGUUUGAUGACAUUCGCUACCAUACAAUGCAGGCUGCCUCAGAUGCCGUGGCUCAGGUCACCAACCAGCAGCCUGAGCCGUCCAUCAUCUUCUGGAACAAUGCUUUUACUCUGCUCAGCGCCAUGAGCCUGCCUCGCCAGGAGCACGAUCUCUCCAACUUCUACGUGAAGCAUGCAGAGCUGUCAGACAAGUGGAAGGUCACUCAUUUGAGGGAGCACAGGAGAGCAUUCCAGGCCAUGUGGCUCAGCUUCCUUAAGCACAAGCUGCCCCUCAGCCUCUACAAGAAGGUGCUCCUGGUGAUGCACGACUCCAUCCUCCCCCACCUGGCCCAGCCCACCCUCAUGAUCGACUUCCUCACCAGUGCCUGUGAUGUGGGAGGUGCCAUCAGCCUUUUGGCCUUGAAUGGACUUUUUAUCCUGAUUCACAAGCACAAUUUGGAAUACCCCGACUUCUACCGGAAGCUCUACGGCCUCCUAGACCCGUCUGUCUUCCAUGUCAAGUACCGAGCCCGCUUCUUCCACUUGGCUGACCUCUUCCUGUCGUCCUCCCAUCUCCCUGCAUACCUGGUGGCUGCCUUUGCCAAGCGCCUAGCCCGCCUUGCCCUGACGGCACCCCCGGAGGCCCUGCUCAUGGUCCUGCCCUUCAUCUGCAACCUGCUGCGCAGGCACCCUGCCUGCCAUGUGCUGGUGCACCGCCCGCAAUGCCCUGAGAUGGACAGUGAUCCCUAUGACCCUGAGGAGGAGGACCCGGCCAAGAGCCGAGCCCUGGAGAGCUGCCUCUGGGAGCUGCAGAGUCUCCAGCAGCACUACCACCCUGAGGUGUCCAGAGCCGCCAGCGUCAUCAAUCAGGUGCUGUCUGUCACAGAAGUCAGCAUUGCGCCCCUCCUGGAGCUCUCUGCCUAUGAGGUCUUUGAGCAGGACCUCAAGAGGAAGGGGCCCGAGCCAGUGCCCCUGGAAUUCAUCCCAGCUCAAGGCCUACUGGGCCGGCGGGACGACCUCUGUGCCCAGUUCUUCACACUUAGCUGACUCUGGCUGCCAUCUGCUCCCAUGCUAAUAAAUAAUUUUGUAGGAGAGAA